AUGUUUAGCCCUUCCAUCAUAUUAUGUUUUUCGUUACUUUGUCUAUGCCUCGCUUACAAUCUUGUAUUUAUCACUUGCUCACCACCUUCUCUCCGUAAUACAUCUUCUUCGAACCUAUGUCAUGAAGAUGAGUAUUAUGCAUUGCUUCACUUAAAAGAAUCCUUCAGCUUUUUUACACGAGCUAAUACCUACUACGCUAUAAAUACAAAUAAUACAAGAUCAUGGAAACGAGGUUCUGAUUGUUGUGAAUGGGAUGGAAUUACUUGCCAUCCUCUCACUCAUCAUGUCAUUGCACUUGACCUUUACAACAACGGUAUCGUCGGAACCAUCAAUUCAAAUAGCAAUCUCUUCCAACUAGGCCAACUUCAGAGGCUUAAUUUGUCAUGGAAUGAUUUUUCUUCAUCCAAUAUUUCCCACAAAUUUGGUCAGUUUCAUUUUCUUAAACAUUUAGACCUUUCUUAUUCUUAUUUUUCUGGUAGGGUCCCUCUUGAAAUAUCUCAACUCACUAGACUGACAUCUCUUGAUUUAUCAGGAAAUGAUCUUCAAUUUUCAAAUGUCAAGUUGGUCAUUGGAAACCUUACAAAGCUGAAACGACUAGGUCUAAGUGGAAUAAAACUAGAGACAUCACAAAUCUUUCAAACCACUACUAACUUGUCUUCACUUUCAUAUCUUAAUCUUGAAGGAUGCUAUUUACAAGGGGAGUUCUCUACUAGCAUUCUUAACCUACCACACCUAAAGGAACUCAAUCUCGGGUACAAUGAUGCGAUAAACUUUCAUUUCCCAUCAAUGUAUAAUUGGAGUAGCCCCUUGGAAUCCUUAAUCCUUAGCUAUUCCAAUAUUUCUUCUAACAUACCCUCUUUUUAUAGUCGAUUAACACAUUUGAAAUCAUUAUAUUUGCAGAGUACCAAUCUACGGGGGACUUUUCCAAGUUGGGUGUGGAAUAUUUCUGAAAGAAUAGACCUUAGUCAUAAUGAACUAACCGGAAGUCUUCCGUCCACAAUGAACAUAAGCAAGCUCUCAAGUUUAACUACUCUAUACUUAGGAAAAAAUAUGCUUGUUGGAGAAGUUCCGGCUUGGUUGUUUAGCUUAAAGUCAUUGGACACGAUUAACCUCUCAUUCAAUAACUUUAGGGGUAGUGUUAGCCUUUAUCACGUUUUUUCUAGCCUUCCAAAGCUCCGGUCUCUUUUCCUGUCUAAUAGCGGCCUUUCCGUGACCAUAACUGACGGUCCAGUAAACUCAUCCGUUAUCUCCACUUUAGCUAAUUCAUUGCAAUAUUUAGGAUUAUCCAACACUAGUAUUCAUGGUGAAUUCCCCAAGUGGUUACAACAACUAAUCAGAGAAUCGUCGAUAAACUUAUUGGAUCUUUCAUCCAACUCUUUAACCGGAGUUCUUGAAAACCUGCCUUGGGGUACUUUGAAUUAUAUUGAAAUCUCUAAUAAUAAGCUUACAGGACGUCUCCCAAUAAUCUCAUCACCUUACACCCAAUUCUUUUUAGCCGCAAACAACAAUUUUACAGGUCCAAUUGAUUCAUCCAUUUGCAACUUAACAUCACUUUGGGUUCUUGACUUAUCUAACAAUAGUUUGAGUGGAGAUUUCCCACAUUGUCUAGGAAGCUUAAACAGUGGCCUUAAUUUGUUGAAUUUAGGAUCGAAUAACAUUCAUGGAACUCUUCCUACAAACUUUUCCAAGUGUGAUAACUUGCGAUACCUAGACAUAAGCAGUAAUAGGUUGCAAGGGCAGUUACCUCGAUCUUUGGCACGAUGCACAAAUUUACAAGCUAUCAAUCUUAGAAGUAACGAGCUUAAGGAUGAAUUUCCUUAUUGGUUGCAUACUCUUCCAUUUAUUCGACUCCUUGACUUGAGUUGUAACAGCUUCCACGGUCACAUCAAUAAUGUCAGUGGAUUUCAUCCAUAUCCCGCGUUACAGAUUCUUGAUCUCUCUAGUAACAACUUCAGCGGUAAGAUACCCACAACAUACAUAAAUAAAUUUCAAGCAAUGACGAGGAUUAUCGAUCACCAUGGUUUUCCACAAUACAUGGAAUCAAAUGUACCAAUGUUGUGGCCUUACUAUUCUAUUAUGUUGACAUUCAAAGGUGUGCAAUUACCAUAUGAGAAGAUCAUUGAAACGCUCUCUUUUUUUGAUCUAUCAAACAAUGCAUUUGAAGGAGAAAUCCCCGAGUAUGUAAUAUUAUGA